GCGUAUACGAUUCCUCUCCCGCACUCUUCGAUCCGGUGCCAAGUGGUGACGGCCAAAUCAUUCCGGGCGACUUGUGCUUACGAGCAGCCCGAGGARAUCGGCAUAUGUUWCCUACGGACCGUCGCGGUAGCCGACUCUUCACCCACGGACUUGUCUUCGGACCCCGUGUGGUACGGUUGCUGGACGAGUUCGCCGACAUCUUCGAGUCACCUACCGGUGUGGUACCAGGUCGACCGAUCUCUCACGAGAUCAUUCUUGAGGCCGGUGCCGUGCCGCCGAAAGGUUGCAUCUAUCAGAUGAGUGAGGAGGAGCUUGAGGUACUCCGCGCACAACUCGAUGAUUUGUUGGCCAAGGGCUGGAUCCGCCCGAGUAGCUCCCCAUAUGGAGCACCAGUUCUGUUCGUCAGGAAGAAGAACAAGGAUCUACGAUUGUGUAUCGACUACCGCAAGCUCAUCGCGCAAACCGUCAAGAAUGCGGGGCCUCUUCCUCGCAUCGACGAUCUUCUCGAGCGACUGGGCGGUGCGAAGUAUUUUUCCAAGUUGGAUUUGAAAUCAGGAUAUCAUCAAAUCUUGAGUCAGCCGAACGAUCGCUACAAAACCGCAUUCAAGACGCGGCACUGGCAUUUUGAGUGGGUGGUCAUGCCUUUUGGCCUCACCAACGCCCCGGCGACGUUCCAGGCGGCGAUGACCAAUGAGUUCCGUGCAAUGUUGGACCGGUUCGUGCUGGUCUACUUAGACGAUAUUCUCGUCUACAGACGGACAUUGGAGGAUCAUCUUGGACAUCUUCGACGAGUGUUGGAGACGCUCCGCCGUGCCAAGUACAAGGCCAACCGCGACAAGUGCGAAUUUGUCCGGCAAGAGCUGGAAUACUUGGGCCAUUUUGUCACACCGGAGGGCAUCAGUCCGCUAUCGGACAAGAUUCARGCCRUCCAAGAGUGGCCGGAGCCUCGGAACGUCACGGAUUUCCGUUCGUUCCUCAGUCUUACCGGCUACUAUCAGCGCUUCAUCAAAGGCUACUCCAAGAUCACGGCCCACUUGAACAAGCUUCAGUGCGAGGAUCGGCCGUUUGACUUUGGAGAGGAGGCGCGAUGAUCAUUCUUCGCUCUCAAAGUCGCGCUAUUGUCUACGGAGGUCUUGCGAAUCUACGACCCACUCGCGCCUACGCGUGUC